UGUGAUUAUUUUCCAUGCAAGAAUUUAUGUAAAACUUUUAUACUCGCGUAGUCUUUAAGUCAGGUCUUCCUUUAUACGAGCUAUGUAGAUACUAACAAAUAAAGAAAAACAUAGUGUUUAUAACUAUAAAAAUAAACCAUGGAAUUUGAAGAGGAUAUUCAACCUCUCAUUCAAACUGAUCAGAACGAUGCCAGAGAGAUAUUCCUUGGUUUUACAAGACAAGACAUUGAUACAGACCCAGAGUUUGAACAGACGGUGUACGGUUAUCGCAGGUGUCGAUGGCGGACUAUUCUAGUUUAUAUUCUAUCAACUGUAUUAUGUGGUAUUCCGUUCCUGUUGUUCCACUGGUGUGCCACUUGGUUCCUAUACAUCACAUCAGUCAGAUGCAGCUUCCAGAUUGCUGAUCAAGUUCUAGUUAUUGAAACAUAUCAGAAGAAAUGCAAGAGCUUUUAUAUACACAAAAUAUUAGAAAAAAAUAUAGCAGACACAAGUGGCCUAUUCAACAAGGCAUUCCAAGAUGAGUUUGGUAGAGAGAAAGAACCAAUCGAAAGUGCCGACGCGAUACACACACCGUUACAUCUCGACGAUGGGUCUGUACUCGAUGUGCAGCGGUAUCGGUACUUCCGGCACAAGAAGCACGCGCUGGUGUGGGAUGCGUCUCGCGGGGUGUGGGCGCGGCUGGCGGGGGCGGAGGCCGGCGCCACGUGCGCGCAGUUACAUGCUCGGGCAGCCACCGCCCCCUCUGCUGAACGACGCGCUCGCAUGUUGAACAUCUAUGGUCUGAACGAGAUUAAAGUGCCGGUGCAGUCCAUUCUAACCCUAGUGCUGCUUGAAGUAUUCAACCCGUUCUACGUGUUCCAACUGUUUACGAUCGCUGUCUGGCUGGCAGAGCCGUACUACUACUAUUGCAUAGCUGUAGUGUUGAUGUCCACGUUUGGUGUUGCCACUUCUGUUAUACAAACUAAAAAGAACCAGGAGAGCCUUCGCGCUACUGUGGAAGCCCACGAUACGGUCCAGCUGUGGGACGGGCGCAGCGUGGACAGCCGCGCGGUGGCCCCCGGUGACGUAGUAGUGCUGCCCUCUCGCGGCUGCAAGUUGCACUUCGACGCCGUGCUGCUCACCGGUUCCGCUGUACUUAACGAGAGCAUGCUGACCGGUGAAUCAGUGCCUGUGACUAAGACGGCGCUACUGCGUGUAGACAAGCUGUUUGAUAUGAAAGAACAUGCGUCCAGCAUACUAUUCUGCGGCACGAGGGUCAUACAGACCCGGUACUAUAAUAACGAGCCGGUCAAAGCUCUAGUGUUGCGUACGGGGUAUAACACAAGCAAGGGUCAGCUAGUCCGUAGUAUACUGUAUCCAGUGCCGGCCGACUUCAAGUUCGAUCGGGAUUCCUACAAGUUCAUUAUUAUACUCGCUUUCCUGGCAGCACUUGGACUAGGAUACACCAUUGCUUUAAAGGCGUACCGCUCGCUGAGCCCCGGAGACAUCGCCAUCAAGGCGCUGGACAUCAUCACGAUCGUGAUCCCGCCCGCGCUGCCGGCCGCCAUGACCGUGGGGCGGCUGUACGCGGUGUCCCGGCUGCGGCGCGCGCGCAUCGCCUGCCUCAACACGCGGGCGGUCAACGUUAGCGGCUCGCUCGACUGCAUCUGCUUCGACAAGACGGGUACCUUAACGGAAGACGGUCUAGACAUGUGGGGAGUGGUAGCAGUGAGUGGUGCCACAUCACCCACCAGACUCGGUCGACCGCAGCGGGACCCUCGUCUCCUCAACGACUUACACGACCUCAAGAUGGGCAUGGCCUGCUGCCACAGCCUAACGCUGCUCGACGGGGAAAUCGCGGGAGAUCCUCUUGAUCUGAAGAUGUUCGAGUCAACUGGUUGGGAGUUGGAGGAACCUGAUGUACCGGAGUCAUCCAACUAUGACAUACUCACGCCUACCAUAGUGCGACCCAAGAAGUCAGCUAACAUCAACGUCGAUGAUAUACACAUGCCGCUAGAAUUGGGUAUAGUGCAACAACACCAGUUCGUGUCGUCUCUUCAGCGUGCCUCCGUCGUUGUGAGGAUGCUGGGUGAGGACGUACUCAGGGUUUACUGCAAGGGAGCGCCUGAGAUGCUCACCACGCUAUGCAAACCGGAGACAGUUCCGGAUAAUCUGACUGAGGUGCUUAGUUCCUAUGCGGAGAAGGGUUACAGAGUCAUAGCGAUGUCCACACGCAUCAUGGAGACCACAUUCAAACAACUUCAACGGAUGAACAGAGAAGAGGUGGAACGCGACCUUGAGUUUCUGGGACUGGUGAUAAUGGAGAAUCGACUGAAAGGGGCAACCACUGACAUCAUUAGGGAACUGAAAGAGGCCGACAUACAAGUUGUCAUGAUCACAGGCGAUAAUAUCCAUACGGCGGUGAGCGUGGCCAAAGAGUGUGGCAUACUGAGUGCUGGAGAGAGAGUCGUCCAAGUAACCGUCGAGGGAACUUCACCGCCGCUACUGUACUGCCAGAGCUUUCUGCAAGGGUCGCCAGUGGGCCGUAGAACGCCUCUGCAGCGCGAGUGGCGCAGCGUAGACAGCGGCCACGGCUCGUGGCGCGGCUCGGGCUCCGGCUCGGGCUCGGCCUCCGGUUCAGGGUCGUUCGACGUCGAAUCAUCGUCCAGUGAGCCUCGGUACAAAAUUGUUAUGACGGGAGACGCAUGGCGAGUGUUGCGCGAGCACUACCCGCAUAUGGCUGGCCGUGUGGCUGAGCGAGGCGCGGUGUUUGCGCGGAUGUCCUCCGACCAGAAGCAGCAGCUCGUGAUCGAGUACCAGGCGCUCGGUUACUAUGUCGGUAUGUGCGGCGACGGCGCCAACGACUGCGGCGCGCUGCGGGCGGCGCACACCGGCAUCUCACUCUCGGAGUUGGAGAGCAGCGUCGCCGCGCCCUUCACCGCCGCAGACCCCGACAUCGUGUGCGUAGUCCGCGUACUCCGCGAGGGACGAGCCGCACUAGCCACCUCCUUCGGCGUCUUUAAGUUCAUGAUCGCCUACUCCCUCACGGAGUUCUUCUCCGUCGCCUUCCUCUACUACUUCGAUUCGAACCUCACUGACUUCCAAUUCUUGUACAUAGAUGUCGCGCUCAUCGUCAACUUUGCCUUCUUCUUCGGCAUGACCGAAGCGUUCACGGGCAAUUUAUGCAAUGUCCCACCUCUGACGUCGCUACUAGGUAUAGCCCCGCUGGUGUCUUUGAUCGGUCAGCUGGUUCUGAUCGGAGUGGCGCAGUACUUGAGCUACUUCGCGCUGACUCUGUUCCCCUGGUAUGAGAGACAUAUGUACGAGGGAGAGGAAGCUAAUGAGUGCUGGGAGAACUAUGCUAUAUAUGCCGUAUCUAUGUUCCAGUAUAUAAUUCUAGCUAUAGUUUUCAGCCAUGGUUCGCCGUACAGAAAGUCUGUAAUUACGAAUAAGUGGCUAAUGAUCAGUAUUCUCAUAAUGACCGGUAUAUCUAUUUAUAUUGCGGUUGCGCCAGCACAGUGGUUGGCCAGUUUCCUACAGUUGAAGAUGCCGAAAGAUGUUCUGCUUUCGUACGUUAUCUUAGCAAUUGCCGCAUUCCAAUUCUUGAUAGCUUUGUUCUUCGAGAGAGUUGUCAUAGAGUAUCUGAUGGAAAGGAAGCAAAUGAUACCAAGGUUUUUGAAAGAAAAGAGGGUUAGGAAAACCCCCCAUUUGAUGAUCAAGAGACAGUUGACCGACAUGGAUUACUUGGAUUGCGAUAGUGUGGUAAAGUUUGACAAAGAAAGCGGCACCACUUCAGAUACCAGUUUGGUUCACAGCUGAGCCACAUUUUUUUUAACAAGUAUUUGAAUCAAUGCCAUAUUUUAGUGCCUUAUUUAUUAUUGUAUAAGUAUUUUUUUACGCCGCUAUACGGCACAACGGGCGGGGUUAGGACAACAGUAAUUAGUUAUAAAACGUACCUAUUCUUAAUUUUAUAGAAUUAAUAGCAAAUAAAUCAAUUUUAUGAUAUUUAAAACAUUACAGGUAUUGUAUCAAUGUAUAUUUUAACUUUGUAUUUAGUAUUUAUGAAGAUUUUUAUAUUAAUUUAUGUUAAUCAUUUACUCGAAUAUGACUAAUCUUAUGAAACAAAAGCAAUUCUUAAUGUACUUUUACAUUCUUAUGCGUAAAAACCUC